GCCCCUGGUCUGGUUUUCUCUUCUGCCCCUCAGGUCCGGUCCAGUGCGGUCACGGGGCCGAGAGGCAGGGAGAGGACUGGGAGCAAAAGUCCUCUCCUCUCCUCUCCUCUGCUGUCCGCCGCGGUUCAGCAGCUCCGUUGGCAGCAUGACGGUGGGCGCCAGGCUCCGAGGGAAGGGGGACGGCAGAUACCGUCGUCGGUUCCCGAGGUGGGAGCAAGAAGAGGAGGAGGAGGAGGCCUGUAUCUUACAGCACCUGCACUUAGAAGAGGAGGAGGGAGAAAGAGAGGAGACUGAGGGGCAAGAAGAGAAGCCGCCGCAGCGCGCUGGGAUCCAGGGUGAGGCGAAGGGGGAUAAAGCACCCCAUUCCAAGAAAGUUCACUUUGCGUUUCUCCCGGAGAGAUACGAAACCUUGGAGGAGCAGACAACCGGAGAAAAGCCCAAAAAGAAAUAUCGGAAGAAGCUCAAGAAGUAUGGCAAGAAUGUUGGGAAAGUGAUCACCAAAGGAUGCCGGUACUUUGUCAUUGGUUUGCAAGGACUUGCCACGGCUUAUUCCUCACCUUUUGUAGCAUCAGCCACCAUUCUUUCCUUGGUUCGCUAACAGAAGUCACCGAGGCUACCCAGAGACUGCUGUCCGGAACACGAUGAACAUCAUGGACUUUGACUUAAAAACUACUUGUGGCUAGAGAGGGAAAAAACCCAACUCUUUCUUUUCUUUUUAAUUUCCUCCCCCCUAUUUUCUUAUGGAGAUUGAGGUGAGAUGUUAAUGAAUCAGUUCCUUCACUCCUUCAUCUUUGGAGUGUUCUGCCAUCACACUUACUGUUCUGAUUCUAUUCAAUUUUGAAUUGAAUAUUGUUCUGUUCUACUGAGUCCUGGUCAAAGGGGAGCAUAUACAAUGAAGUUUAGGGCCAAAAGAAUGAAGUAAGAUUCCUCUCAGAUGAAAUGUCAUUUAAAGAAAAAUUAGUUUGCUAAUCCUGAGUUUGACGCUCAGCUGUCUGAAGGAGAGCCAUGUAAAAGGUUGAAUGCAUUCAGAUGGACUUAGUGGAAGGGGAAUGCUCAAUGACUUAAGAUGAGAAGAAAUUUUUACCAGAGAAUUGGCCAUUUGGCGAUCCUUUCCCAGCGUGAAUCUUGAGAUGAUUUAUAACUUUUACAAAACUCCCAGAAUCCUGUUGUCCCAGAAGUUUCCUAAGCAAUGCUUCCCCACAGGUGUCCUCAUUGAGAGGAUAAGAUUUCUUUUGUCCUCUAAUUUUGUUCUGUUGCUGAAAUCUUAGUUAUUGUGGGGAAAAAGUGGAGGGGACAAUGAAUUUUGAAGAAUGAGGUAAAUUGAAAGCAGCUAUGAUGAAUUUGGGAUGAUUAUUUAAAUUUAAGAAACACCUAUGAUAAACUAAGCCUAUAUCUUUGGCUUGAAAGGGGUAUUUCCUUUGGAGAAACGAGUAAAAGUGAGAUUAGAACAAAACCUGGAGAUAUUAGGAAAGUCACUUGUUUGAUGAGCUCCUUGUUUAAGGCCAGCCAAUUUAAAACUGGCCAGGUCUCAUUAGGGACAUCUGUUUGUCAUCUGAUUAUUGCAGAUAAAAUGUCUACAGGAGGUGCUGAAUCUCCUAUUAGAAUUUUCCCACUUAUUCUACUGGAAAUCUCUUGUUGUUAUUCUCCUUUGAAGGUGAAGAGUACAAGUGAAAGACUGAGAUGGUUUGGGUUGGGAACAGGUUGGGGUUGGAUCUGGAUAAGACAGUUAAAACAGAGGAUUCAGGCUUUCCAUUCUUGAAAUGGGCAAAUUGAAAGUAACAAGAAAGUAGAGGGGGGAGAGGGGAAAGAGAAACAGAGACAGAGAGAAAGAAAGGAAGAAAGGGAGGAAGGAGGGAGCAAAGGAAAGGAAAGAAGAAAGAGAGAUAAUAAAGAAGGAAAAGAAAGUAAUCAGAUCGAUGGAAAAGAGAAGUUAGAAAUAAAGUUUGGUUUUAUUAUUAGUCACCAGGAUUUAGAAUCCUUGAAGUAGCAGAGAAGUUAUAUUACUAGUUGGUACUUAAAAAAACACAAAACACCCAUCUCCCAUCCCCAACCUGAAUUUUAUAUACUCAUAAACACAUUCAAAGUUAGUACUUAAAGAACUGUGACUUUAUUUUAGCUUAAUUUUAUCUUUGUAACCAUCUUGGUAGGGAACACCAUUUGAUUUGCUAAGGGCCUCACAUCUACUCAGGAAUAGUCUAUUGAUAGCAACAGGACUAAAAACACAAGAAUGUUACAAAGUAAUUAAAAAAAAGUCACCUAUAUAUAAGUGGGUCUAUUGAACACUAGAUGAAACCCUAAACUUUCAGGUUUUUCUGAAUUCCAGUUUAAUGAGAGGAAAAAGCAAUGAGGGAGGAAAGGCUUGAAGGGGAGCUUGACUGCAGUAUGACUAGAUUUUUCAAAGUCUAAAGCAUUAAUAUUACUAUAUUUAUGUUUAAGACAUGCUUGGCCUGAGUACCCAUGCUGCAACAUGAAACCAACAUUGAAGAUAUUACUCAAUGGUCAAGUUUUAGUCAAACUAAUAAAAGGAAACUAGUACAGGUUAUAAUUUUUCAUACCAAUAAGAUAAUUAGAGAAUUCCUGUCAGUCUUAUUUCUUUCCAAACUCAUCUCUUUUCCCUUUUUUUGAUCUGUCAAUAAAAUUAGGUUUAGAGAUAUAGAUCAAUCAAUAAUUUUGAGAUUUUACUAUAUGCAGAAUAAAUAAAGUCAGAAGAAGGGAUCGUUGGGAGAAGAGAGCAAGGUUAUGUGUGGUGGUCAUUCCCUGGUGCAAAGUAACUAUUUUGUGUUCAAUUGUCACCUUCAAGUUGACAGUCUUCUAAUAGAGACCAAAUAGAAUGGCUUAUUCCUUGGGUGCACGAAGGUGCCUGUAGUGUUUUCCCUUUCUCUGAUUUUUUUGGGGUGAAACUAUUCCUAACAAAAAAAUGUAUGAAGAAAGAUCAGGCAUGAUCUGGCCUUGGCAAAUGUAAAAACUGGUUAAGAAUUAACUCAAAUUUUGAAAGUCAAACUAACCCCGUUUUGUCCUCACGACUAAGUUCAUUUUGAAAGAAGAUAAAUUCCUGCAACUCUUGCUCCCCAUUAACUACAAUGAUGUUUUUGAGACCAAAGAACUGAUGUUUUUCCCUCCCUCAUUUUCACUGGGAUUAGUAAAUCGAGUUAUUGAUGGCAACAUGAUUGGGGUAACCCCCCUUUUCUGUUUUUCUUCAAUCACUUCUGGAAGUUUUGCUCUUGCUUGUUCAUGGAAUAAACAAGGAAAUGUAUUUCUUUUUAUGUUCCUGCAAUGUAAAUAAAAGUUUGGAUUUGUUUAA